UAGCUGGGGCUUCUAGUCAUUGCUAACAUGCAAAUAAUAAAUGCUGUCUUGCACUCAGAGUCACCAGCUGGGGAAUGCAAGUUGAGUGGUGGAGGGAUAACAAUGUUUGCAGCUAACCAAUCUGUGCAAUCUGGAUGCAAAUACUGUGACAGCUGCUUGAUUUGCUGCUCUCCUUGAUGGUGUCUCUUAGUCCCAAUGAUCUACUUCUUGAACUUCAUCCUGACCAGGAGCACCACUGGGCGUUCAGAGAGGACUGAGCCCACAGAGGUUACAUGAGAGGUGCUGCAGAGAGGAGAACAGAGAAUAACGAUACAGCGUUGUGGUUUCCAAGAUCCCUGGAGUGCAGACGAUGGGCUCCUGGAGCACUCUUUUUCCUGUCACUGAGUUCACACAGCCUCAGACAAACAGCUCUGUUUGUGAGAUCCAAGAUGGCUUCCUUGCAGUGACCCUCCCUGUGAUGUAUUCCCUCAUCUUCAUCAUCAGCCUGCUCAGCAACAUGCUGGCCCUCUGGGUGUUCUGGUACCACACGCAGAGAAAGACCUCCAUCACAGUGUACAUGAGGAACCUGGCUUUGUCAGACCUCCUGCUCUCCCUCUGCUUACCCUUCCGGGUGGCCUAUCAAAACCACAGUGGCCCUUUGAUCCUCUGCACGGUAGUUGGUGCUUUCUUCUACCUCAACAUGUACGUCAGCAUCAUGUUCCUCAGCCUGAUCAGCCUGGACCGCUACCUGAAGAUCAUUCGGCCUCUCCAGCAGUUUAAAAUUCACACCUUGCCUUGCAGCACAGUAGCUGCAAGGGUGGUUUGGCUGGCCUAUGCCAUUUUCACGCUGCCUUUCUUUUUCGAGACUAGGGAAAAAAGGCCUUGUGCCAACAAGUGCUUCCACUUCAGGAGCAAACGCCCACUGGGGGCAGCCCUCAACAUGGUCGCCGUGGCCACCUUCUUCAUUGAUCUGCUGCUUUUCCUCUAUUUUUAUGGCAAGAUAUCUGCCAAGCUCCACGACGUCUCCUCAGGGAAAGUUCAGCAGCAGAGCAGAAGGACAAGCAGCAGGGCCAUCACAAAGACCUUUGUGGUCCUAGUCAUCUUCACUGUGUGCUUUGCCCCCUAUCACUUUGUCCGCGUGCCAUACAUCCUGGCUCAGCUGGAUGUCAUCUCAAGCAUACAGUGGAAGCAGGCUCUCCACAUCACCAAUGAGCUUGUUCUGUGCAUCUCGGCCCUCAACAGCUGCUUGGACCCUGUGAUUUUCUUUUUCUUGUCCAGCAACUUCAGGAAAGCAGUAUUAUGUACCAUCCAAGGCAAGCUGAAGAGAGCUCUUCUGAGGAAUCAGGGGGCUCUAAACCACAGUAAAUCCAUCACAGAACCAGGGAUGGAUUAAAGAAUUUUGAGGCCCUGUGCACUAGGAAGCUUGGCCUGCCCACAUCUUCCUUAAACUAGACAGAGCAUGUGAUCUGCAG